CCUCAUUCUUUCACCCCGUCCCCCAAAACAUACACACCCUCUUCUAUUUCUCCACCCCUUCUUUGUUUUUCUUCUCUCUUUACUUCUCAACUCAAAUUUCAUCAGAGAACAUAACAGAAAAGGAUGGACCCACCCACAGAGAUGACGGCAGACGAAGGGCAGAAGAAUCGUGAGAUGGUAGUCGGAGGGCAAAAACCUCUCCACCGCUUCCUUAACGCAGAGCCCAGAUGUCUUGGGAUUGCUGUGCUGUUCUUUGGCUGUGGAGAGCUGCUUUUGGGGAUUCCGCUGAGCAUUGUGGGUGACACAUUUGAUAUUCUAUACGUCCCCUUCUGGCAAGGAGCCCUGUUUGUCAUUUCAGGAAAUCUGUCCAUCUAUACAGGUGGUCAUCCUUCAAAAAAAAUGGUGACAGUAUGCUUGUCCAUGUAUGUGGUCACUUUGCUGGGGAUUUUUCUCUCUCUGUGGUGCAGAGUGCACACACUGAUUACAAUGAGUUUCUGGUACUACGGAAACGCAGAGAAAAUCAUGAGAGGGCAAGUUCUGACUGCAGAGAGUGUGCUGCUCACUUUGUCUCUCAGCCUCAGUCCAGUUUUGAUCUUCCUCGCCUGUCGGGCUCGAGCAGCUCUGAAAUCCACAAAGACUCAGGUCAUUGUGCAGCGCAGUUUGCCUUCAGGAGAGUGAAACAAUGAGCGAAACCUCCCCUUCCAUGUAAAAAUAUUGCUUUGAGACUUUUCUGAUGUAAUUAAAAAGAUGUGUAUCUGCAAAAAAGUUCUUGUUAUGUGCUGUUAACAAUAAGAAAAUUAUCCAGUGGGCCAAGCACCAUCAACACUGGACCAAAAAGAUAGGGAUAAGGCAGAUGCACAUCCUUUUAGUCCAGCAGAUCAUAGUUGCUUUUUCACUGUAGUCAGGGGAACUGGUUUCUUACUGCAUUGAGGUCUUCCUGUAGUUGUGGUCUUCCUAGACACCGCAAGAUAUUUGUCAACUGCCUCUUGAUCUUCCUGGUCUUCUCCCUUUUGAAUGUGUACUGAACACUGCACUUGGAAAUCUUAAGCUUCUUUGCAAUUCCUCACAGGGAAUAACCAUACCACUAUAUGUUUAUUUGGCCCCACACAUGUAAGACUAACACAUUAUUCUUUACCAUAUUUCUUGCAGCUUUAGGGACAAUUUUACAUGCACUACAGGCCAAUGGUAUUAGGCUACCAGUGGUUUUUGAAAAAACUUAAGGUAGAUAAGAUUUCACUCAAUUUAACUACCCCUCCACCUCCCUCCCACCCCGCAUUUGUAAAAUGAUUGGUUAGACUUCCAAUAAUUUUGUUAUUUUGAGGAAAGUUGUGUCUAAGAGAAUUUUUUAGUAAUCCUCCUCUUUUUUGUUAUUGUAGGUAGAAAUGGAAAAAAGGUAUGCUUUGGUUUGUUAUUCAAUAAAUGUGCAUACAAUACUAAAUUCUUCUCUACCUAAGAUUUAAAAAAAAAAAAAAAAAAACACAUGGCCAAAUACUUUUGGCCUGUACAGUAUACUGUAUAUAUAUAUAUAUAGUUCAAUUAUAUUUGUAAUUAUGCAAUAUUCUAUACAAGCGUAAAGAUUCAGCUUAGUUAUAAGGAGAUGUCUGUUGUGGCCUAUCUAGAACAUUUGGUGUGAGCACAAUAAAAAAUUAAUGCUGGACCACCAACUUUUAACUAAUUAAUUGAUUAAGUAUUUGGGUGUUUUUGAUGAAAAAUCUACUGCUACCUAAUUGAUAUUCCACUUCACCAUCCUUGUUAUCAGCAGAAUAUUUAUUUUACACACUAUGAUUACAUUCACAAGAGAUUAAAAAAAAGAAACUGUAGGACUAUUCCCCUCCACCACCAUGCAAGCCACAGUGGCACUGGGUUCUUUUCACCAUUUUGGAUGUUUUUUGUCAAAUCAUAAAUACAUGAACAGUGAUUAGUGACAGGUAAAAAAAAGAUGAUAUGUUCAUACUGGAAUGCAAGUACAAUUCUCUCUAUCCAUAACUGGCUACGAACAUCAUCUUUCUUGACUUUGGUCCCUCAAAACAAUUAAUAACGAAUCCCAGUAUCCCAAUGUCCCUUUAGUGCAUACUUUAUUCAUCAUACAAACUGAAUUCAUAUUGUUAAAGAGGUUGGAAGGCAUUCAAUUUAAUAAGUUCAUCAUCAGGGUCCAAAGGGACCUCCUAUUAUCAUGUAAAUAAACCAUUCACACUGAAAUUAGGAGUUGCUGAAUCAUGUAGGCCUAUGCAGUUAAAUGUUUUUGUGUGGAAAAAAAAAUCUCAAAAGGCUGUCUGGUUCAAUAAAGGAUAUAUCCAGAGAACA